AUGGGUUGCUGCUGCUGUUUGCCUAUUCUACCUGAAAGCUCAAGAGCUAUAGAUGAGCAUGUUCCUUUAUCUCACCCCUCUUCUUCCUCUGUGGUGCCUACUGAUGCAGUAAAUACAAACUUGGCCUCUAAUAUAUACACUGCACCGCUUCAACCUCCUCUUCAUGUAUCAUUCUCGCCUAGAAAUCCAUCCAAAAUUCCAACAACUCAGAGCAAUUCUAGCCAAGAAGCUAAACACACUCUUCCAGAGAAGCAAACAUGGCCUGUUGGUGAUCAAAGUGAUAUUAAUAUAAAGAAAAAAGAUCAAGAAUUCAUCGACGAGUGUCCCAUUUGCUUAGAAGAAUAUGAACCAGAGAACCCAAGACUGCUCACUAAAUGUCGCCACGAUUUUCAUCUGGCAUGCAUUCUUGAAUGGAUGGAAAGAAGCGAAGCUUGUCCAGUUUGUGACCAGGAGUUGGUACUCCCUGAGUCAUAA